CCGCUCGCGACGACGACGCCGCGCGUCAUGCCGCCGGACGAGGCGGGCACCCUGGUGGAAGACCUCGAGGAUAUCGGCGGCGCGGAGACGUCGGACGGGAUCCGCGUCACGCGCGACCUCCCGCCGAUCGUCGCGACGAGGCGCCGCGCGACCGCCGAGAGCGGAUCGCGCGGCGUUCGGCGCGGCGGCGGCCUCGGCGCGUGCGCGGCGACGAACGCCGCGAUCGGCGACGUCCCGCCGGACCGACUCGAGGACGUGGACGUGGACGACGACGAGGACGAGCCCUAUGAGCCGGAGCCGGACGACGACGACGACUUCGCGCUCGCGCGUCCAAACGCCGCGUCCAUCGUCCCGGGACGCGCGAAGGUGCACGUGCGAACGUUCGGGUGCUCGCACAACAUCAGCGACUCCGAGUUCAUGGCCGGGCAGCUCAGCGCGUACGGGUACACGCUGACGACCUCGCCCGAGGACGCGGACCUGUGGGUCGUCAACACGUGCACGGUGAAGAACCCGUCGCAGAGCGCGAUGAACACGGUCAUCGAACGAGGCAAAGCGGCGGGGAAGAAGCUCGUGAUCGCCGGCUGCGUCCCGCAGGGCGACAAAAACGCGAGAGAACUGGACGACCUCACCCUCCUCGGCGUCACGCAGAUCGACCGCGUCGUCGAGGCCGUGGAGCGCACGCUCGCGGGCGACGCCGUGCGUAUGCUCGCGAAGAAGACGCUCCCGGCGUUGGACCUGCCGAAGAUUCGGAGGAACGAACACGUGGAGAUCGUGCCGCUCUCCACGGGAUGCCUCGGCAAGUGCACGUACUGCAAGACCAAACACGCGCGGGGCGAGCUCGGGUCGUACGCGCCCGAGGCGCUCGUCGCUCGCGUGCAGACCGCGAUCGCGGAGGGGGUCACGGAGAUAUGGCUGUCUAGCGAAGACACGGGCGCGUACGGGAUCGACCUCGGGACGGACGUCACGCGGUUGCUGAGAGACGUCACGGCGGCGCUUCCGAAGGACGGGAGCUGCAUGUUGAGGCUCGGGAUGACGAACCCGCCGUACAUCCUCGCGCACCUCGACGCGGUCGCGGAGGCGAUGCACCACCCGGGCGUGUACGCGUUCCUUCACAUCCCGGUGCAGGCGGGCUCGGACGCGGUGCUCGGGCGAAUGAAGCGCGAGUACGUCGUCGCCGACUUUGAAAAAGUCGUCGACACGCUGCUCGAGAGAGUCCCGGGGAUCACGAUCGCGACGGACAUCAUCUGCGGCUUCCCGGGGGAGACGGAGGAGGACUGGGAGAUGACGAUGGCGCUGUGCAGGAAGUACGACUUCAUCGAGCUGCACCUGUCGCAGUUUUACCCGCGCCCAGGGACGCCCGCGGCGCGCAUGAAAAAAGUCAACUCGCGAGAGGUGAAACGCCGCAGCCGCGAGCUCACGAAUUACAUCGAAUCCUAUCUCCCGCACGGCGCGCUCGUCGGGACGACGCAGCGCGUCUGGGUCACGGACAUCGCGAAGGACGGGAUUUCACUCGUCGCGCACACGAAGAGCUACGUCCAGGUGUUGCUUCCGGGCGGAGAGGCGGAGCGCGCGCGGCUGAUGGGGAAAUCGGCAGUCGUGAAGAUCAUCGAGUCGGCGCGGUGGUACGUAAGGGGGGAGGUUCUGGAGGUGGAG